AAAAUGAAACCUAACACGUCAGCCCUUAUGUCAACACAAGUCCUUAACAAGUAGUCUGGCGUUAGUGCUUUCAGCAGAUUAGUCGUAUAGUUUCUCGGGUCAGUGUUAGUUACAAGUUAGAUGUACAAUAUUUUUCUGUUUUCAUUUUAAACACGCAGGUAAUAAGUUGUGGAGGAAUUGAAGAACGCACACUGUCAAAGGAGAAACAUGUCUGCUGCAAGAUGAAAAUAAGAAGCCACUCCCCACGCCCCUCUGAGUGAUAUCUGGUUAAAAAGAACACAAUGGUGCUCUAGGAGGAGAUUCAGAAAGGACCUCCAGGAGGCCUUGUGCUGCUACACCGCAGACACCCUCAUCGACAUCGACACAGUGAAAGAAUUCUGUGAGCAGAGUUCUAAAUGGAUACUAAAGAGGGAGAAAGAGUUGGAUAUGAUGAUUGACAUCAAAACCAGGGCUGAUAACAUUGACCUCAGCAUUGGCCAUGUUACCCAGUCACAGACCAGAGGUAAAGCCUUUCUGCAAUAUAUGAAGAGCAAGGUAACCCAGGUGACUGCAGACAGCAGGCGAGCAGAUCUGGAGAAGGAGCUGGCUGCUCUGCUGAAGUCCACUCUGGAAGGCCUGGAAGAGCUCGACUGCUUCUUGGCUGCGGUGGAGAAUCUGGCGGUCACCUCACUUCAUUUGUUCAUGGAAGAGAACCAGGUGUUACAUCUGCCUGAAGGGAUCAGCCCUGUAACGGUUCAGCUUGUCAUCAUUGCUGCACGGAUUAUCUGCCCUCACCUCCUCGAGUUUAAAAGAGUUGCAGACGCCUUCUUCUGCCCCAAACUUCAGAAUGUGGAAGUGCUGGCAUAUCAGCUGGACAAAUACAUAAGGACCACCGAGAACAUCUGUGAGAAGUUAGAGAAAAGCUCCUUCUGUGACUUUUCACUGAAGAUGAACGACGAUACACUGGUAGACCUCGCUGUGGAUUUGUCUGAAGACGACACGCAAAGGAUGCUUCAUCACAUUAAUCAGCUCGAGGAACUCAGGAUGAACCAGAGCUUCCGGAUGGUGUUCUUGUUUCAGGAGGACGAACCCUGCUCAAGCUUCAUCGAUAAGUUUAAAGAGCGACAGCAGAGGAUGGAACAGUCUCUCAAGGACCUGGAGGAGCAUGCUGUUCAGUUAGACAGGAUGAAUAAGGGAGCAAAGAUCUCCAGUGUGGCAGGCAGCUCAGUGGGGGCAGUAGGAGGUGUGCUCUCCAUCGUUGGUUUGGCUUUAAUUCCUGUAACAGCUGGAGUGUCUUUGGUUCUGACAUUGACCGGGGUAGGCAUGGGAAUUACAAGCGGAGUCAACAGCGCUGUCACCACCGCCACAGAGAUUGGAGUAAACCAUACAUAUCAAAAGAAAGCCAGAGAAGUCUUCGAGAGCUUCAUGGAGGAUGUGCAGUGUCUCCAGGAGUGUCUGGAGGAGGUCAUCAAAAGAGAACAAACCCACAUAGAUGUUGUUCUCGGGGUCGGCAAGGUCCUAGCUAAAGCAGGUGUUACUGGUAAAGGUAUUGACUCAUUAGUUGAUGCAGCCUCUGCUUUCAAGCUGUUAAAAAGUGAAGAGCUGGCUAUGAGUGCUGGUAAAGUGGCAUUGCAGGAAGGGAAAGCUUUACGCAGCGUUCCCAGGGUGGCGUCAGAUAUCCCAGAUAUCGGUCAGGCAGCAGUCAAAGGGCCUCUUGCCCUCUCCAACUCAGCCAGGGCCGGUCUCAUAGGGCUCAAUGCUCUGUUCCUUGGCAUGGAUAUCUUCUUCAUCUGUAAAGAUAGCAUGAGUCUGGCCAAAGGAAGCGAGACUGAGGUCUCACAGUUUAUCAGAGCCAGAGCAGCACUUUGGAGAUCAGAGGUGGAUUCAAUGCAGACAAUCCAUGACCUCCUCUGCGAAGGUUUGAAGAUAUCGGAAGAAAACAAAGCUAUCCUGAGAUGCCAAUUUUUCCAGAGAGGAAGAUGAAAAAGCACUAAGAAACCAAAGUGGACAUUUCAUCCAAUGAAAUCCAAGUGUUAUCAGAUGAAAUGUCGAUGUUAUCUGAUAAAGACAAUUACUGUAUUUGUGUUCUAUGUUGCCAAAUCUGACACUUUAAUCAUAUAAAUGAGAUCAGCUGAGUCCGUUGUGUAUACAGAAUAAAUGAAGUACAUUCUAUAAGCUGUAUGAUCUGCAUUAUUUGUAAGUAUAAUUCUAACUGCCUUAUUUAUUGCACAAAUUAAUCAAUACAGUUUUAAACAGUUAAAUGUUGUUUCUGUUCACUUCAAUGUUGGAUAGAUUAAGAUUGUAUAGAUAUCUAUUUGAAUCAUUUGGAUGUUUUUAAAUGAUAGCAUGAUCUUAAAUAAUCUUCUCCAAGCUGCUCAACCACACCAUUUAUAGUUUACAUGUUCAAUCUCUCGUAAUGACAAUACCUGCACCUGCAUUUUGCAAUAAUGUUGACAAAUUAAGUUUGACAAUAUUAGUUCAGUUUAAAUGUAAACAUAUUUCUUGAAUUUAUAUUUGGAAAUGUGUAUUGUUUUAUAUGUAUUGUUUGUACCACUAUGACACUGCAGAUAUUAUUUGUCUCUAACUUGUCUUAUUAUUGGUAGGCCUACUAGAUGAGUAUUUUGUAAAUUGUGAAUUUUGUCAUUUCUAUAUUUUAUACAUACGUAUUAAUUAAUAGUAUGCUAUCUUUGGCUCUUUACUUGCUGUACAAAUGUAGUUGUACCCUCUGUGGGAUGAAUAAAGGU